AUGAACGUCACCGGCUGGUCUCCCAUGUUCGCCUACCUGGAAGGGUGGGAUCUGAACUUCGAAGACGGCAGCGUCACGAGCCUCCCACCAACCGGCUUAGACGCCAGGGCAUGGCUGCACUUCAUCGGAACAAGUGCUGUGCCGUACGGCAGUUCCAAUCGCAGAACGAGAACCACAGACACGGUCUUCGGCAACUUCACGCUGAAGGAGAGAACGUCUCUUACUGCCAACUUUGGUCCUACGGAUCCCGGAGAGGUUUUGGCAGACCUCGGCACCUUCCAACUGGGCUCCUACACUAUCCGAAUUGUUCCGUCCGGAUCGGGCUUGAUCAACGUCCAGUACGUUCUCUUUGAGCUUCCCAUUGUCACAGAGGCGUCGACGGCAAUCACGACACCGACCACUGAUGGGGACAGAGUGAACUCUGCCUUCUCGAUUCGUCGGUUCGAGUCUGACAAUUACAUCCUAGAUGGUGGCGAGCAGUCCCCAGCGGAGCUGUCCCCUACUCCACCCUCACAGCACGAGAUUGUGAAUGGAAGCGUCCUGCUGGGUGGUCUCACAGAGAUGACUUUCAGCGUGCCACCAAACACGUCCCUCGUCAAUGUCACCGGCCCUGUUUACGGUGACAACUCCCCCUCUCGAUCCUACUGCUACGCCAUCCUGAACCCCGAGCCUUGGUGGUGGAACCCAAGGGCUUUACCGAAGGCCGACGCUCAGAAGCAGGGGUAUCGUCCCGACCAGACUCUACUCAUGCUCCCGCUCGAUCCGACUGUUGAGUCGGAACCGUCGUCUGCAGUAUCACAGGGUUUUUCGACCCGCACCACCAAAUCCGGAGGCUCCACCAUCACCGUCUCCGGACAACCGUCCGAGUCUGCCGGAGAGGUGCAAUCCAACUCCGAAAAGGUCAGCGCAGGGUCGAUAGCUGGGCCGGUGGUCGGCGUUAUCGUCGGCUUCCUGGCCGUCGGCCUGCUAGCUGUGCUCCUUCUCCGUCGCCGACGCCAGCGUUCUCAGUCGGCUGCAGUCCAGCCAGAGGGUAUGGGAGAGGACAAUGACAGGUUCGAGCUCACCGAGGACGUUCAAGUCGUUGUUCCGUUCAUCGCACCAUCGAGGUCGUCUGCUUCCAAUGACAAGAAUGCCACUGAAGAACGGCACAAGGGGAAAGGGUCAAAAUCUCAAACGGCAUACUCGAGUAAGUCGGAGAAACACCAGGAGUCAUCAAUUCAAGGUGUCGCCCCGUCAUCCGCCGCAACAGCCGCGGUAAUGGUGUCUCAUCCGCCCCACCACGCUGAAGAUAUGGAAGAUGCAGGACAAGAUGCUCUGUUGCCGCCUGUGUACAAGGCAGCCUGGGGACAGCGCUACGUCUCCGGUGCCGUAGGCGGUGAGGGGGCGGUGGCGGCUCCCCGCGAACAUGAAGGCGACGCGGCAGCGGUGGGCACUGGUCCCUCCAACUUUGCAUCGAAGAAAAAGGGUGAAGCAUGUGGGCGCCCGGGGAACUUCUAG